UAUCAUUUUUUCUCCGGUAUCAAAAUAAAUAGUGUUUUAGCGCGCCUCGAUAUAAACUUUCUUACAAAAAAGUUGAUAAAUUAAAUGUUGUCUUUACAAUGCCCGAUAUUUUGGAAACAGUAAGAUCGGACGAUUUCGUCGAAUAUUUCAUCUAUUUGAUCAACGAAGAUGAAUCUGCGCCCACCAAAUUACAAGAUAUACGGAAAACCAUCUUCUCAUCUUAUGCUCCUCUUUUGGAAAACUACAUCUGGCAUAAAGAUGAGUUUAAUUUAAGAGAAAUAGUCCAGUCAACAGAUACAAUUCCAAGUCAUUUACACGGUAUCGUUCACUAUGGAGAAAACAUCGAAGAUGAAUGGUUCAUUGUGUACUUACUCAUGAAGAUAAGUUCUCAAUUUGACGAUGUGAUCAUCAAGGUGGUCGAUUCUGAUGGUGAAUUCAUACUCAUCGAGGCAGCUAAUUAUUUGCCAAAAUGGGUGAAACCUGAAAAUAGUGCAGAUCAGGUGUAUAUUCACAAAGGUUCCGUAAAAAUAUCUCGUGCUUUACUCAAAAAUACUACAAGAUCAUCUUCAGUUAGAACUAUUAUCGAUGAAAUAACUAAAUCUAAAGAUCUGUUGCCCAUCGAGAAAUCAAUUUCACGUUGCAUUUCAGAUCGAAUUCAAAAGUACGACGAUGGUCUGAACGAAUCACUACACCGAAGCAGAGCUUAUUUACCAGCCAAGAUAGCCGCUUUAUUGGACGCGAAACCGGGUUUAAUCGCUCCUGCUGUGACAGCUUUCUGUCAACGCGAUUUAAUCGACACGAGAAUAUGUAAAAAAAUGGAAACAUUCCCUCCAGAUGAUAUGGUCUUAAGAAUGGUCACGUUCACUAAAUUCAACUACGCUAUGAUCGCUCGUCAUAAAAUGUAUCCGGAGAAGAAAUCUGCUUGGAAAUUGCCACCGUCUUCUAGUCCUAAUUUUAAAGAGUAUCAUUUAGGAUAUAAAAUCGCUUGCGGAUUUGAAAUUUUAGCUUCUAAAUGUAGCGAUAAAUCGAAAACUGAUUUAAAACUAAGUAAAAAGUGGAACCUUUAUGUCGAAGUUCUUAAUAAAAAGGGUUAUUUCAAGGAUCUUAUUGAAGGUUCUAAAGAAUACGUAGAAUUGAAAAACAAAGCCCGAAUAUAUUUUCUCGACAAUGUAGGCAUCGAAGAAGCCGAUGAAAAUAAUUUAGUCAUGAAUUUCCUUCAAACCAUCACUUUCGAUGUUGAUUCUAUGAAGCAAGAAGAAUCGAAGCUGCCUCUUUCCGAUGAUGAAAAAUGGAUGGAAAUCAGCGAAGAAGAGUUCAAUAAGCUUUUAGAAGAGAAAUUUGGAGUCAGAGGAGUGAACGUGUCCGAUUCACCGGAAGCUCUAUCCAAUACUAUCAACAAAUUUCUCAAUAGUGCUUCCGGUGUAGAAGGAGUUGAAUUUAAAAACGAUAAUAAUCUCAAUGCUAUGGACGUAGACGAAAAUAAUCAUUCCGUUAAUUUUGACGACAACGAGUUCGUGUCUUCUAUUGAGAAAAUGUUGGAUAUCAUGAAUUUAGAGCAAGACAAAUCGGCCGAUUCAGAUAUAAGCGAUUCUGUAGACAGCGAUGACUGCGAAUCAGAAGAAAAUGCAACUGGAGAGGACGCUGUUACCAAAUCCUAUAUGGAUCUAAUGGAUAAAGAACUCCAGGGUACAUGUUUAUCUCAAAGUUUCGUCAAAAAAUCCACCAAUCAGAAAACCAACUCUAAAUCGUCCCCAGAUGACAUUAAUUCUGUCGACAUCGACAUGAAUGCUUUGACUAAUAUGGGUAAAUCUUGCGAAGAAUCCGGCGGCUGUAAUCCAACCAGAAUCUUGUUACAUUCCAUGGGACUGAAAUUAGAUUGAGCCAAAAACGAAUAGCUCUUGUUUUAAAUCGUGUUUGUCACUCCUUUGUUUCCUUUGUUUUGUAACAUUUAGUUUAAAUAUUUAUUAUUAAGAAAUUUUACCAUGAAAUGAUAUAGAUUAAUUAAAUGUUUUCAAGAAAAAAAGCA